CCAAAAUGAUCGAUGACUUUCCCUAAUCAUGUUACUUGCAUAGAAAGGUUUCAAACCUAAAUUUACAUACAUUUUGUUUUAUUUAUUAUUUAUACAAUUAAUUAAUUUAAAACAUUUUAAUACCGUCAGUAAUGUGUCUGUCAAAUUCCGAAUUUACUUAUCAUUAAUGGGAAACGGAAGCUUUAUCUAAGGAAAACGGGAUCGAAAGGCCGGGAAAAGUUUAGUUUGAAGGCAAGCCGAUACUUUCACCAGCUAUUCGCUUAGCAGUAUAGUUACUUUCUGGAAAAUAAAUAAGUGACAAAAUAUUUCACUAUGUUACAUUUAAAACUGAAACUAACAUUGCCACUAGUACUUGUUUUUGUAGGGAUUUUAUGUCGUAGUAAUCUUGAAAUUAUUUUUAAAAGUUUAAUGAGCUUCAUUCGUGAAACAGAAGAGAAAAAUAGUAUUAAAGUGUUUUUACCUGACGAACUAUUGGAAUAUAAGGGAGUUGUUAAGAGAAACCUUUAUGUCGCCGUAUUAGGGACGGUUUUUGAUGUAACUAAAGGGAAAAAGCACUAUGGCAAAGAUUCUCCUUACCAUUAUUUUACAGGCAAGGAUGGCUCCCGAGCACUUGUUACAGGCGAUUUUAAAGAUGAAAGUGAAAAUCGCGAUCAUACUUUGGAUCUGUCUUGCGACGAUUUACUUACAUUGGUGAAUUGGCGGAGUACUUUCAGAAAAAAAUAUAAAUAUGUUGGAGUAUUAAAUGGGAGGUAUUUUGACAAAUAUGGAAAAAAGACUGCCUAUUAUCAAGACGUAAUAAAAAAAGUGGAACAAUGCAAACAAGAGAAAGAAACAGCCAAGAGGAAAGAACUAGAAUAUCCACCAUGCAACAUGGAAUGGAGUGAAGAUCGUGGCACAAAAGUGUGGUGUUCUUUAAACAGUGGUGGCAUUACAAGAAACUGGGUAGGAGUUCCUCGACAGUAUUAUGAACCCGGUGAAGAUAAGCCUCGUUGUGUAUGCAUCAAGGAUGAUUACAAUGUUCCUGCAGGACUACUCAAGGAGUAUGAUAACUGCGCUAAAACAUCUACUACUUGUAUAUUGCCAGUUAGUUAGUUUUAAUAUCUCAUCUACAAUAAUAAACUACAAACACCCAAAACUCCUUAGACAACGAUAAAGCAUCAUCACAUAAUGUGGCAUAAUUGUGAAUUAUUUUAUAGCUUUUUUUUUAUUAUUAAAUUCUGCAUUAUAGCAAUCUGUCAUACUUAUGUAACAAUAGGCUAAUUCUUGUCCAAUACCUUAAUGUAUUUUAUUUACUAUAACAUGAUAAGCACUAUAGAAUUAAGUGUCUCAAGCCCUUCUCCUAUGAUGCAAUGAUUGUUACUGCUAAGUUUUAGAGCAAGUUCAUUAUUAUGUUUCAUGUUCAUUAUUCUGUUAUUACUUGUGUUAUUGUUGGGAUUUUCAGAUCUUAAUAUAUGAUUUUAAUGUAUUGAGGAAUAUUAAAGAUGAGUCUAACUUUUCAAUAUUUCAAUAUUCUUUUGGCUUACUGUACCCUACAACCAAAUACCAUAGCUCUAAAUUUGUUUCAGUAUUACUUAUCCUAUUAGUGUGGUGUGUGUGCUCAUUUGAGAGUGCUGACACGUGGGGCAGUACAAGUUAAGUUUUCAAGGGUUGUAUCUCCAUGUUUACUCCUUGUCCAUGUAUUAUUAGAAAUGGAAUUAUUUCAUGAUAUUAAGAGGCUAUACAAUUAGUAAUAAGAACAGAGUAAAUUGAACUUUUCAAUUUUAACUUAUGUAUUAUUUUCAUAUGAGCAAUUUCUGUAUUUUAAAUAUACAGUAAGUUUAUACUUUACCAUUAAAAAAACCAGACAAGUGCAAGGUUGAUUUGCAAACUGAGGGUUCUGUAUGUAUUUGUUAUUAAAAUUUAUAAUACCGUAUCAAUUUGUGCAACAUUAUCUUUUGAUUGGGUUGAAUUACAAUCUUGUAUUUUUUCCACAGUUGAAAAAGACCAUAGACCCAAGUAAUUUAUCACAAUUUCAACUUGAUAAACCUGUGCAUUCUAGAGAAAAAGGGUCUUAAACAAACAGACCUCAAAGUCAUCCUAUAAAGGUUUUUUAGAGGAAUGGAAACCUCAAAA